GCCACGCUCAAGUUCCGGUUCCGCCUGUUCCGGGCCACUGGCGUAUCUCGCGUAACCGCGCUGUGCACGUGUGUUCUCCGGGUUCGUGUUGCGGUAGCCAUGGACGCUUUGGAUCGAGUUGUAAAGCCAAAAACGAAACGAGCCAAGAGAUUCCUUGAGAAGAGAGAACCGAAACUUAGUGAAAAUGUUAAAAAUGCUAUGCUGAUUAAAGGGGGAAAUGCAAAUUUACUGGUGACACAAGUACUUAGAGAUGUGUAUGCAUUGAAAAAACCAUAUGGCGUUCUGUAUAAAAAGAAAAACAUUACAAGACCAUUUGAGGAUCAGACAUCAUUGGAAUUCUUUUCAAAGAAGUCAGAUUGCUCUUUAUUCAUGUUUGGCUCCCAUAAUAAGAAGAGGCCAAAUAAUCUAGUAAUAGGUCGUAUGUAUGACUACCACGUGCUCGAUAUGAUCGAAUUAGGUAUUGAGAAGUUUGUCUCUCUAAAAGACAUCAAGAAUAGUAAAUGUCCUGAGGGAACAAAACCCAUGUUAAUAUUUGCUGGUGAUGAUUUUGAUGUAACAGAAGACUACAGAAGGCUAAAAAAUCUUCUUAUUGAUUUCUUCAGAGGCCCCACAGUAUCAAAUAUCCGCCUGGCUGGUUUAGAGUAUGUUCUGCACUUCACUGCACUGAAUGGGAAGAUUUACUUUCGAAGCUACAAGUUGCUGUUGAAGAAGUCUGGUUGUAAGACACCAAGGAUUGAAUUGGAAGAGAUGGGGCCCUCAUUGGAUCUGGUUCUGAGGAGGACACAUCUGGCGUCAGAUGAUCUUUACAAAUUAUCUAUGAAAAUGCCAAAAGCCCUCAAGCCAAAGAAGAAGAAAAAUGUCUCCCAUGACACUUUUGGCACAACUUAUGGAAGGAUUCAUAUGCAGAAGCAAGACCUAAGCAAACUACAAACCAGGAAAAUGAAGGGGUUGAAGAAGCGACCUGCAGAAAGGAUAACAGAAGACCAGGAGAAAAAAUCAAAGAGAAUUAAAAAAAAUUGAUGGAACUAGCCAAUAACUGCAGUGUUAUUGUAGUCUGUUUACCUAAUAGAGUUAUCAAGCAUCA